AUGGCAGCCCCGGCUGAGGGGAGCGCAGCGCCGCCGCCCCCGUCCCAUCCCGCCCUUCGCGCCCCCUCGGCCCUCAGCGGCCGGGCGUCGAGGCUGGGAGGCAGAGGGCGCCACCGGGCGGCGGCGAGGCUGGGGGGCCGUGGCAGAGGCAGAGCUGGCCGGCGAGCGGGAGGAGUGGCGGGCAGCCGCGCCAGGGCGCCUCGAGGUGAGCCCCCGGUAGCGGCGGGCCCGGCAGGGAUGGCGGCGGGGAGCAUCGCCACUCUUCCCGCCUUGCCCGACGACGGCGGGGGCGGCAGCGGCGCCUUCCCGCCCGGACACUUCAAGGACCCCAAGCGGCUGUACUGCAAGAACGGGGGCUUCUUCUUGAGGAUCAACCCCGACGGCCGAGUGGACGGCGUGCGGGAGAACAGCGACCCGCACAUCAAAUUGCUACUUCAGGCAGAAGAAAGAGGUGUUGUGUCAAUCAAAGGUGUUUGCGCAAAUCGUUUCCUUGCUAUGAAUGAAGAUGGCAGAUUGCUUGCACUGAAAUAUGUAACAGAUGAAUGCUUCUUUUUUGAACGUUUGGAAUCCAAUAAUUACAAUACAUAUCGGUCUCGGAAAUACCGUGAUUGGUAUGUUGCACUGAAACGAACUGGGCAGUACAAACCUGGACCAAAGACUGGACGAGGCCAGAAAGCUAUCCUUUUCCUUCCCAUGUCUGCCAAAUGCUGAUUCAAGUGGGAGAGCCUGCAGCUGUAGUGGACCUCCCACUUCUCACACGACAGAAAAAUGUGACCAAAUAUUUGUCAGGAUUAACUUUGUUUCUUGACUGAUCUCUGAUUAUUAGUAAGAACUGUGUAUAUUGCAGCCUUCAAAUUUAUUUCCGGGAGCCAUUGUGCCUUUUAGCAUGUGUAUAGGUAUGUGCAUACAUGCGUGAGAGAAUGUGGCAUAAGGAAGCACCUAUACACAAUUUAUUACCAAGUCACUAUUUUUUUCUACUUGAUGAUCCUAGAAUAAUGUUGCAAAAUAGGAUUGGAUCAUUCAGCAUAAAGAAAUUUAAAAUGUUCAGAUGU